CUGCUCGCAGCCACAGGUUGCUCACCUGUGUCUCGAGCUCUACGCAGGCAGCAGCGGGCGCGCGCUGCCAUACCAACACAUUGUGUCUGCGUGUGAAGGAACGAAGCUCGUGCGGCGACAUCUUCAUAUUAACCCGGAAAACUCCGCCUGCCUGCCUGACGUCGUCACAAGGAACAGUGGCUCACUCGGGUCGUGACUCCAAACGCAGCACUUGUUCCAGCAGGAAACCGGUGGUGACAGGUGAAGUGCCGACGGCAGCGCCACGUCAACCAGAGCAAACAAACUAACUCAGGCGCUAACAGGAGUUUCCCGUUUGAUUUUGCUAGUCUGGAGCUGAGCUUUGCCUCUGGUCACCAUGCUGGACCCUUCCUCUAGCGAAGACACGGGCGCGGAGUCCGACCCAGAAGUUGCCCGAGAGCCUCAGAGGAAACCGUCCGUCCUCUCGGCGGCAAAGAAGGGGGGAAACGUCUGGCGGACGGGCGGUGAGCGGCUGCAGUCCACCGAAUCUGGAGGCGCCCCCGGUAGAGGUGCGAAGGGCUCCCCCUCUGCAGGUGACGAUGAGGAGGAAAAGAAGGAGCGAGAGCGCGCCCAGAAGGAGGAAAAGGAGAGGAGAACCAAGCUGCAGAUCUACGUGUUCGUGCUGCGGUGCAUUUCCUACCCGUUCAACGCCAAGCAGCCCACCGACAUGGCCCGCCGACAGCAGAAGACCUGGAAACCGCAGUUUCAGACCCGCAGUUCAAGACCCGCAGUUCAAGACCCCUCCUCUUCAGCGAGAGCACCAUCUAUUUCCUGAUGACUCAUCAU